AUGUUUAACUAUAACUCAUUAUCAUCACUAAUUGUGGUAUUUGUAUCUUUGUUGUUGUUGACCAGCGUUGAUGUUGGUAAUGGUCAAUACCUUGUGUCUUCGUAUUAUGUCCGUGCUGGCUGCAUGGGUCCUCCAACAUCUACAUUGUGGAAGCAACUCAACAGAUGUAAAUCAAACACCAUCAGUGUCCUAAGCUCCUCCACUGCACUCCAGACCACAGCCGCCUCUACCACAACGCCAUCCCUCGUCAGCAGUCUUGUGACCACUCAGUCCAACACCAAUCCAAUCCCCAGUCUGGUCACCUCAUCUUCCAAGUCCACCACUGGUGUCGCCUCCCUGUUGACCAACAAUGCUCUGCCCAAUGGACUGCCAACACUGCCCAAGAUCACGGCCUCUGCUCAGACCGACCCACCCGUGAGCAUCCCAGUCGUUGUCAACAUGUACUGUGUCGAUCCAACAUGUGGAAUGGCCACCUGUAUGCAGGCCAGCACCAUCGUCAUCACUGGCCAAUGUGUCCCCAACACCGCCACCCCAGGCCAAUUCGUCCGAUACUCCAUCGCCAACGUCCAGAUGCCCAACAUGACCCGAGACAGUCCAACAGGUACCUGCUAUGCCCAGACCUACCAAACCGUGUGCAAUGUACCUCCAUUCAUCGCGACUCAGGACGCCAACAAUGUCCCCAAUAUUGGAUACAAGGUCAACUGCACAAGGACCACCUACAACUAUUAUCAAUGCAUGGAUGUUGAGUGCACUGAUACGACAUUGGUAUACAACAAGACUAUUGGCAAGUGCGCACCUACCAACCCCAAUCAGACCCCAGGCUCAGGUACCGGACUCAGCAGUGAGUGGAACAACUAUGCGUCCUUCUUCCCACCCCCUCCAACACCAGCACCAGGCGCCUCCUCCAGUACCACCACCACAACCAGUGGAGGCAGCAGUCCAACCCUACACUCGAACCCACCCGUCGAGGGUGACACUGGUGGCGCCUCCUCCUCAACAUCGGUCCAUCUUCUCGGUUUGGUGCUCUGCAUGUCCAACGCUCUAAUGAUGAUGCUCGCAUUCUAUUGUUUAUGA